AUGGAAGAUUUAGAAGAAGAUGUAAAGUUUAUAGCAGAUGAGACCUUGGACUUUGGGGGGCUGUCACCAUCUGACAGUCGAGAGGAAGAAGAUACAGCAGUGUCGGUGACUCCGGAGAAACCCCUCCGACGAGGUCUCUCCCAUCGAAGUGACCCAAAUGCAGUGGCCCCCGCCCCACAGAGUCUGAGGCUCAGUUUAGGCCCCCUCAGCCCAGAGAAGCUGGAAGAAAUCCUCAGUGAAGCCAACCGGCUGGCAGCUCAUCUGGAACAGUGUGCCCUGCAGGAGUGGGAGAACACCGGUGAGGGCCCAGGGCCUCGAAGGGUGAAGCCCAGCCCUCGGCGGGAGACCUUUGUGCUCAAGGACAGUCCUGUCCGAGACCUGCUGCCCACCGUGAGCUCUUUGGCUCGGAGCACCCCCUCCCCAAGCAGCCUGACACCCCGACUCCGGAGCAGCGAUAGGAAGGUGUCAGUCAGGGCUCUUCGAGCAACAUCUGGAAAGAGGCCCUCCAGCAUGAAGAGGGAGUCGCCCACUUGCAAUCUGUUCCCUGCAUCCAAAGGCCCAGCAUCUUCUCCUCUUGCCCGAUCAACUCCUCCAGUCCGGGGGAAAGCCGGGCCCAGUGGGAGAGCAACAGCAAGUGAGAAGACCUGGGCAGCAAAGCUGUGGGCCUGCCAGCAGGAUGCCACUCACCAGCCGGAGUGUACCAUCCAGCAAAGGUGCCCUUCCUUCAGAUUCCCUGCCAGCUCGGAAAGGACUUCCAAGACCAAGUGCCGCAGGGCACAGAGGUGAGAAGAAUGGCCAUAAGGUUCCUGUUUCUCAGCGACCAAAUCUUCCCAUCCCUGGUGCCGGUCGCAGCAAUCUGCAGCCCCCCAGGAAAGUUGCAGUCCCAGGACCUACCAGGUAAAGAGAUCAGGACAGCAAGCAAGAAUUCAGUAG